GAGUCAACUUUGGGAUGCAGCUUGGACGGCACACAUUAAAAAAAUGCUCUACUUUUAUUUGUAUUUUUUUUAUUUAUUUAAAUGUAUUUUUUAACUUUUAGGUAGGAGAGAAGAAAAAAACAAACAUUAGAUAAAAACUUUGUUAGGCUUAUUAUAGCCUUAUUAGUCACGAUGCAGGGACAUUUAUUUUCUCUAAGUGCCCCGCCCUUGGCGAUUGAAAGUUGCUUAUCAAGGCCCAAACACACACACACACACACACACACACACGCUCUCUGGCACACCCACAAUUGUAUGACCAAGAGAGAGGGCAAAGGUCGGUGGUGAAGAAGAAGAUGGGCCAAAAGGAUACACAGGGUGUUGAGCAACGAUGUCCCAAUGCGUAUGGCUGCAUACCCGGAUCAAAUCUCGAAUUAUUUGCCAUCAAAACGCUAUUGAUUUAUUAAUGCCGCUCAUCAUUCGACAAGUCGAGGGAGUUUGUUGCCUUCGGAGUGGAUAUAUCCUUCUCCUCCUUCUACAGCAUCAUAGACAUUAUUUUUGCAAAUGUCUCAAUAAAAAUCAAUAACAAAUAUACAGUAUAUAUCCUGGUUUAUGGUUUAUGGCUUUAUCAGGCAAAUUGUAUAAGCCAAUAUUAUUGAGGACAUGGUCUGCGUUUUGCUCCAAUGGAGGAAUGGAUUCUAUCGCCUGAAGAUAUGAUUUUUGUUUUAUUUCUAAGAUCUUUUCCUAUUAAUAAGCCAAUGAAAGCGAAAAAGCUUGACUUGAUUUUUGUUAAUAAGUAAAAUUAAAUUACAAAUUUCUUUAAAUUUUAUGAUAUAUUCAUAAAAUAUAAAAUGUCUUUGUAAAGCAUUUUAAAAAUUUGACAAAAAAUAUGUUAUUAUAUUUUGGCCGAAAGUCUUAGAUGUCUUUUACAAUGACUGUAUAAUCUUUCGAAAUAUUUCAUGCAUAUCCAAGGGCUUUGUCGUUUACUGUCACUUCGCAAAACUAUGCUUUACUUUUUGAGACGAUAAUUAAUUGCGGUUAUAGCAACUCAAGAGUUUCACUCGAAUGGAGUUGGAUCUGGUUGUUUGCUCAGUGGUUUUGGUGUUCCAAAUUUUCUAGGCACCGCCUCACGACGACGCCUCUUUUGUUAUGGAAAUCAUCGUGGCUGUUGUUUUCGGCUUUUGGUUUUUUCCUUUUUCUUUUAAUAUUUUCCUCAUCACACGCACAUAUGUGUGUGUGUGUGUGUUAGUGUGUAAGUGUUUAGUAUCCAUAGCAACAGCUUUUUGAAUUUUCCCCACACACCACAUUCACUUUUUUUUUUGGGCUGAAAAGUUUUUGCUUACGAGUAUUUUGCCGGUUGCUAAAUUUUCCUUUUGGGGCUUUUGCGGGUUUCCCAGAGUUCGGUUUUUGUACUAAUGGAUUUCAAUGAGAACGCAACUUUUGAGGACCAAGAAAAGCCUUGACGAAUAAAUACUUAAUGCUCUCGGUUGUGUUUUGAAUAACUUAUGAAUAAGGAUAUCUCAUUUCUGUCCUUUGAUCAUCAAUAAAAUGGCAAUUUUUCAUUGAUCAGCUAGACCUGAAAAUUCACAAUAGAAUUUCAUUGCUAAAAAUGUUUGGCAAGAUUACAGAUUUUUUUUGAUAGCUGAAUAGUUCGAGUUGCAAGUUCUCGUAACUCCACGGUUGUUAAAAAUAAUAAAAUAUAUCUAUCGAGUCUUAGACCAUCUGCAAAAUUCAUAUACACUAUUGUACCUCACAAGCAUCUUACUAUUGUUUAAACAAUUGUGAAAAAACCAAGAAAGUUGCGAAUUUUUGUUUGCCCAAAAACCGUUUCUUUGCUUUGACUGACACAGUUUUGCAAACCAAAUCAACAAACAAGGUGGAUGAUGAUGUAUAAAAGAGGAGGUCGAUCUACCAGAGAGCAUCAGUUGCAAGGCAUCCAAACCUCCCUCAACAUGAAGAUCACUCCAGUACUCCUACUCCUCGGCGCCUUCCUAGGCUCCGUGAUGAUCUACCAGUCGGAAGCAGCCUCCACCCCCGCAACCACCUCUGCCUCAGCCACCACAACCACCACUGCUGCUUCGGCCACCACCGCUACAACCUCUGCCUCAGCCACCACCACGACCUCAGCUUCGGCCACCACUGCAUCUUCCGCUGCAAAGACAAAAACUAUAACUCACUACAAGAGGAAAACUAAGCGGCCCAAGAGAGUUAAGAAAAUCAAGAGGAAAAGGGGUCAUAAAGUUCGCAAGCACCGCAAAGGUGACAGCAGUGAAAGCAGUUCUUGGUGGUAGAGAAUCCCAGAUCAAACGAAAACCAACGCCUAUCCCGAUGCUAAAUCAAUGACUCUCCCAGAUCCAAACGUUUUCAUAGCCCAUAAGCUUAAAAAAUUGUUAUAGUUUGUUUAUAAUUUAUAUAUAAUAAAGAUGCAAAAAAAAAUGUAUAAAAUCAGUUAACGGGAAGUAAGAACUCCAUCGGUAUUU